AGGUCCCUGGCCAUCCUGGGGCGCCGCGGAGCGGGCAAGUCCGCCCUGACCGUGAAGUUUCUGACCAGAAGGUUUAUCAGUGAAUAUGACCCCAACUUGGAAGACACCUACAGCUCUGAGGAGACUGUGGACCAGCAGCCUGUGCACCUGAGGGUCAUGGACACUGCAGACCUGGACACCCCCAGGAACUGUGAGCGCUAUCUGAACUGGGCCCACGCCUUCCUGGUGGUUUACAGCGUUGACAGCCGCCAGAGCUUCGAGGGCAGCAGCAGCUACCUGGAGCUGCUCGCUCUGCACGCGAAGGAGACGCAGCGCAACUACCCGGCUCUGCUGCUGGGCAACAAGCUGGACAUGGCCCAGUACAGGCAGGUCACUGAGGCAGAGGGCGCAGCCUUGGCGGGAAGGUUUGGGUGCCUGUUUUUCGAGGUCUCGGCCUGCCUGGACUUCGAGCACGUGCAACACGUCUUCCAUGAGGCAGUGCGGGAGGCACGGCGGGAGCUGGAGAAGAGCUCCCCGGCCCGGCCCCUCUUCAUCUCCGAGGAGAGGGCGCUGCCCCACCAGGCCCCGCUCACUGCCCGUCAUGGACUGGCCAGCUGCACCUUCAACACCCUUUCCACCGUCAGCCUGAAGGAGAUGCCCACCGUAGCCCAGGCCAAGCUGGUCACUGUGAAGUCAUCCCGGGCCCAGAGCAAGCGCAAGGCACCCACCCUGACCCUAUUGAAGGGCUUCAAGAUCUUCUGAGGAUCCUCGGCUCAGAGCCUGGCAGGGCUGCAGGGGGUGGCUGACCUCUGGCCACUGGCUUUCCCUCCCAUGGAACAAUAGCCUGCGCCCUCUGGUGGACAGCUGACCGCUGCUCCAGCACCAAGCAGUGUCCCCGACACCCAGUUUAAUGUGUAAGCUGGAGGGACGUCAGGCAGGUAGGGUAGGAAUGCUGCUCCUAUUUGGAGGGCCUUGGUUUCCGUGAUAACCAUGACAUUCCCUGCCACUGAAGGAAAACAGCCCCCUGGGACGGCCCAGACACCUGGAGUCAGCUGUAAGCAGGAGGAAACUGAGUGUCCAUUGUGGUAUCACCCCUUCCUGCUCCAGCUCCAGCCAAGCCAGAUGUGGGGCCCCUAGUGGACAGCUCUGGGUGGGCAGCUCCAGGAGGCCUGGCAUAAGUGUAGGCCUGAGGACAUCCUGCAGGAAGGACAGGCCGAGGCCCUCGAGCACCUGGCGGACGGGAGGGCAGGGUGGGUGCAGGGUUUGGGGGGCCAGAGUCUGGUCCUCCCGUUGUCUCCUGAUCUCACAGAAGCCCCAGGCAACAAACCCCACAGUUUUUCUAAAUAACAUCCAGUUUAAACCUACGGGACAUCCUGUAAGAAGCAAAGUCGCAGGAGGGGCUAUUCCAGUGCGUGGCCGCUUAAGGAGGGUAGAGGGAGAGGCUGUGUGUGUCCAGUGAAGGGGACCUUAGAAUUGUUCGCCAGAAGGCAGGGCCCCCUUAUCUUCCCAUCCUCAAACGAAGGACUCAGCCCAUUGUCGGGACCAGCCUCCUUAGUAUAACGAUCAAAGCUGCAGAACAAAGUUGCUCUGUCUGGUGACGAGGACUCAGGAUUUCAGGGAGCCCACGGCUGGCAGUAUCUGACAUCCAGGCACCAUUAGCCUGCCCUGGGUCUACAGGUAGAAACAGUACACCGGUUUG